AUGGCUUCUACCUGCGGUCGAACAGGACCUUUUGCCAAGCUGGCAUCUCUGAUCCCGACUCGUACAACUCCUAAGUCUCCCACCAGGAAGGGAAAGAGUGUCACAGACGAAAAUACGGCAGGAGAAGUAGCGACGCAGGUGGAGAAGCGGGCUGUGGACAAGCAGGUGGAUGCGCUCGAUCCAGAGCUUGACGACGGAGCGAGUGCUGGGAGGAAUCUUGGUAGAAACGAGCUGCAGCAGCAGCAGCAGCAGCAGCAGCAGCAGCAGCAGGAGGAGGAGAAGAGACCGGGGGAGCAGGGGACGAAUCAGACACAUCAGCAACAGAAGCAGAAGCAGCAGAAACAGCAGCAACUGGUGAGGGGUGAUUCAACGCCAGAAGGCGUGCGGGGGAAUGGCAAGGGAGGAGCAACAGGUGGCGAAGGUGAUUCUAACGGUAGACCCCCUGGGAAUCGUCAGAAGCGACAACAGCGAGGGGUGGCAGCAGGGAGCAGUCGGGUUGGGGUGGGAGCAGAGGGGCAGGAGCGAGGGGCGAAGUCAGGGGAGAAGGAGAAGCGAAAAGGGCAGGCAGGAAGUGGGUUAGGGUACGUGGAUCAGCUGCGGGCGCUGCAGGCUCAGAUGCAAGGCGCGGAGGGUAAGCCAGCAGAGACUAAAGUAGCAGAGCUCAAAGCAGCGGAGAAGCAGCGGCAGCAGCAAGCAGCGAGACGGUUUGAAGAGAGCGAAGAGCGGAUGGGGAAGCAGGGUUUCAAGGUCGGGGAGGUCGAAGUGCCUCUUGAGUCGUCGACUCAAAUGAGAAAGUGGUCAGAGGGCAGGAAGGUGGAAGUGCAGGGGGGUAACGCAGCAGCAGAGGCGCAGCAGCAGCAGCAGGACGCAGUGCCAGCGAGCCGUGGUGGGGAAAGGCGAGAGACGAAGGGGAGCAAUGCAGGGAACGGAGUAGGAACAAGUAAGAAGGUACAAGUGCAGGAAACGCAGGCGCGAUACCCCUGGGAUGAUACAGAGGAGCAAGCUGAACUGGAGGAGGGGGAGAAAGAGAUGGGAAAGGGUCGCAGGGUUGAGGGCGCUGAUGAGAGCGGCGUUGGGGUUGGUGCUGCAGGCCAAACCGGUGUUGACAGAAGCAGAAGAAGAAGAGAGGCGGAGAGAGGAGAGGCGGACAGACUAGAGGAGGUCAAAGGAGAGAAGGACAACGGGUCGAGGGUGGAUGAAACGGGUGCAGGGGUUGUCAGUAAAGCAAGCAGGAGUGGAGAGCGUGGGGAGAAGGCGAGAGAGGGGGGUGGAAAGGAGAGUGGGGUUACAAGAAAAGGCGAGGAGAGUGGGGGUGAGAAUAAGCGGAGUGGGCGAAGCAGUGCAUCCAGAUGGGAAAGAGGUGGCAAAACGGAAGAGAGGGCAGGCACCAAGAUGGAAGUUGAGAGUCAGCUGGAGGAGGAGAAGCAGCAGGGUAAGCAGCAGCAGCAGCAGCAGCAGCAGCAGCAGCAGCAGCAGCAGCAGGAGAAGCAGAAGUUGAAGCAGAAGCAGAAUGGCAGCAGUACUGGUGGUGGUAAGGCUGUAUCAGGCACUGUUGCCGCUGGUGCUUCAGGCAGCGUAAGCACCAGGAGGAGUUGGAGCAGGAAAAGCAGAUCUGGCAAUGCAAGUGGGAACGACAGCGAUAGCGACAGCGAAAGUGGAAGUGAAGGGGAUGGGGAGGAUGCAAAGAAGGGCGUCGUACCAGGCACUGACGAGAAGGAUUGGAAGGAGGUCUGGUCGACAAUCGACACUGAGGUGAAUGGUGACGGUGGUGGGCUUUCGGAUGGUUCGUCGUCGCCUCGGCCUCGGCGGCAGCUGCCACCAAUCACAGGCGAGAUGGUUCUGGCCGGCAUGCAACGAAUGGCGGAGGAGAGAGCUGCUGCUUCUGCAGCCGCAGCAGCAGCAGCUGCUGCUGCUGCUUCUUCUGAUAGUGAGGAUGAGGAGGGACAGAGGAGGGUGAAGGGAGUGAGGGGACGAGGGAGAGGAAGUGGGCGGAAUGCUCUGAGUUCAGUGGAGCUGGAUGAUUUGGAACCGAUUGUGGUGAAGGAGGAAUGGGGAAUGGAGCUUGAACGGUUGUUUGGGAAGCUCGAGCAAUUGAAGAACAGAGGGUGA